CAAGUCCGCCACGCGACUCCCUGCCAACUUCUAAUCAAAAAAAUUGAUGAACAAAACUCCAAAAACUUGCACCAAACCAAAUCGAACUCCCCUUUUUCUAAUCCCUUACAUACACCGCGCGUCCCACGUGCUUCCUUCGAAGUUUCAACUCCAAAACAGUGAAUUGAAACACCUCGAUUUUGCUUCCAAGCAAAUUUCUCUUCUGGGUCUGUGUUCAAUCCAAACAAUCGUGUUCUUAAUCUUGGAUUGUUUAUUGUUCAAUCCAAGCGUCUUUCUCAUCUGGGUUUGUGUUCAAUCUAAACAAUCAUGUUCUUAGCUUAGUAGAUAUUCGUUUGAGCGUGUUUGGUUUAAUCUGGGUUAAUCAAGCAUAUUUCUCAUCUGGGUUUGUGUUUUCAAUCCAAACAAUCGUGUUAUUAGCUUAGUGGAUUUUCCUUUGAGCACAUUUGUCAUCUGGGUCUGUGUUCAAUCCAAAGAAUCGUGUUCUGAGCUAGGUUGAUUUUCGUUUGAGUUUGUGUGGUUUAAUCUGGUUCAAUCCAAGCAUAUUUCUCAUCUGGGUCUUUGCUCAAUUUUCAUGGCACACAAUAUUUCCUUUCUUGUAUUGUUCUUGUUAUUGAUUCCUUCAUAUACCCAUGUUCAAUCCACAGAGGAAGGUUUCAUAUCUAUAGAUGUAUUCAGUAAGGGCAUCGAUUUUGCUAAAGAUUUGCUAAUCAACUCUGCAAUCUCCUCCAUGACUCCGCUCGAGGUGCCCCAAAUUGAGAAACCAGUGAAAAUUCCAGUUGUUGGUACAGUUCAUAUCACUCUUUCAAACAUAGUUCUUUAUCAGCUUGAGGUCCCUAAUUCCACCGUCAAAUCUGGAGAUACCGGUAUAACUAUUGUUGCUUCUGGGGCCAAGGCAUAUUUGAAUAUGAAUUGGAGCUAUCACUAUGGUACUUGGUUAGAGAUUAAAGAUAAAGGUGUUGCCGCCGUGGAGGUUAAAGGCAUGGAAAUUGGACUUACUUUAGGGUUGAAGAACCAACAAGGAACUCUUGAGCUGUCUCUCCUGCAAUACGGAUGUCAUGUGGAGGAUAUUUCUAUAAAGAUGGAAGGUGGAGCAUCUUGGCUAUACCAAGGAAUUGUGGAUGCUUUUGACAAGAAAAUACGUUCACAAAUUGAAGAUGCUAUUUCCGAGAAAAUCGAAGAUGGGAUUAUUGAGCUUGACUCUUCAUUGCAAUCGCUUCCAAAAGAAGUUGCAGUAGAUAAAAUUUCUGCCCUGAAUGUUACCUUUGUGAAUGACCUUGUUUUCAGUAAUUCUUUCAUUGGCCUUGAGAUUGAUGGGUUAUUCACAGCAAGGGAUGAGAUUAAAGCUUCUAACCAUUAUUCAAGAAAUUCACUAGCUUCAGUUCCCUGUGAAGGUCCAGCUAAGAUGGUUGGGAUUUCAAUACAUGAAAAUGUUCUUAAUUCAGCCUCUUUGGUUUACUUUAAUGCAGAUGUUAUGCAUUGGAUUGUUGAUGAGAUACCGGAUCAGUUCUUGUUGAACACUGCCGAAUGGAGACAUAUUCUUCCUCAGCUGUACAAUCAAUACCCAAAUGAUGAGAUGAAUGUGAAUAUUUCUAUAACUUCACCACCGAUAAUAAAAGUUACACAGCAGAACAUUGAUGCUGAAAUUUACUCAGAUUUGACAAUUGAUGUUUUGGAUGGUGGCAAAGUAAUACCAGUUGCAUGCAUCUCAGUGGUGAUUAAUCUUUCAGGUUAUCCUGAAAUCUCUAGGAAUAAUCUAGCUGGUAGUGUCAAAUUGAAUGAUCUCACCUUGUCUUUGAAGUGGAGCACAAUUGGUAGCUUGCAUAUUCAUCUACUGCAGCCAGCAAUUGAAGCUGUCCUGAAAACGGUUCUCGUGCCAUACGUGAAUUUACUCCUCUGGAAAGGAGUUCCUUUGCCAGAUUUACUGGGCUAUACGCUUCACAAUGCUAAAUUCAGCUACAUUGAUUCAAGGAUUAUUGUUUGCAGUGAUAUAGCGUCCUUAGAACAACACAAACUUGAUGCUCUUGUGGUUUAUUAUGAGUAGCUAUUCUAGGCAAGUGUAUUGGAAUGUACAAGCAAAUUGCUAAGAAUGUGAAAUGUUUAUUAUUGUUUCAUGUAACAUUUCACACAGUUUGCUUUUUAUUUUUUAUUUUCAAGUGCCUUGUAAAAUAGUGUGUUUGUAUUGGACAUAUUUGUAACAUGCAACUCUAUUUGUGAACUUGAGAAGAAUAGUUAUUUCUAGGGGGGUUUGGCAAUUUGGUUUUU